AUGAAGUCAUGGAUCAUAGCUCAGUCCGCGUGCGGUCUUGUAGAGAUCGCCCCGAGUGCGUUCAUUUCCCUUUGUGUUCCAGGAGGCAGUCCAGCAGGUGUGCGGGACUCGGAGCCAGAGCCGGGAAGCUUCUUCACCGUGGGGGUGGAUACCGACCGGAGGCGGUUGCCAUUGGGCCUGGCGUUCGACUUCAUGGACAUCAAUGUCUGCUUGGUGGCCAAAGUUGCCUCUCCUUCUCUGAUCCAUUCAUGGAAUCAGAAAUGCGCUCCCCAUGAAGUGGUGAGACCACGGGACCGCCUGGUGAAGGUUAAUGGCCGCUGUGCCGAGGAUGCUGAGAGGCUGGCCAAAGAGCUGGCUGAGGGACUGGGGCACCAGGCGCACGCGUUGUUGGAGUUUCAGCAUCCAGUCGUUUCGACGGUAAAGAUUGUGAAGAAUGGUCAAGCCCUUGGUCUCAGCCUUCACUACGCCUUGUCAGAGAACAAGAUAGGGGGCCUUUGUGUCAAGAGCGUGAACGAAGGAUUGGUGCAGGCCCAAGGACUCGGCAUCACAGCCGGGCAGCGAGUGAUUGCCAUGGACGGCGAAGAAAUGUCGGUGGAGCAGAUGUUGCAGAAGCUGAGGGAAGCCAAGGAAUUUGCUCUCACCGUGCUCUCGUGGGAGGACACCCGCUCUUCCCACCAAGAAUGA